AGUUCCAGAGCUGAAAGGCGGCGGGGUGGAGAUUCCACUUCUGGGUGAGCAGUCGUCGUGCAGACUGGAAGCCCUCAUCGGGACGUCGUAGGACCAGGUUACUGCACAGGUCGGAAAAGAAGGAAAACAAGAGCAAAACUGGACUCCGAGUCAGCGUUGGAUAACGAACAGCAGUUAGGAACCUGCUAAUUAAAUACCACAGGGGUAAGAGUUUUCCAAUCUGGGAGCCGCUGGAGAAAACGCAGAUGUAUUCGACUGAACUCGAACAUGCUUCCAAGCUGGGAAGACGGCAGCCUCGAGCUGGUCACGUGAUCCCGGGGCUGCUCUCAGGCGGCGCCCAGAGGCGGGAGAGUCGGAGGCUCUUCCCCGCCUGUCCCUCAACCCCUGCACGUGCAGGUCGUCUGUCUGUGCUCAUUUCCUCAGGAGAGGGUGACGGCAGGGUGAAAAAUAAAAGUGCUAGGCGACUGCUCUCUUCCUGGCUUUUAGUUGCAAAGCCCAAGCACAGAGAGGGCACGAAUUCGUCAAGCACACAUCUCGAAGAAUCACACCAUGCCAAACUACAAACUCACUUAUUUUAAUAUGAGGGGAAGGGCAGAAAUUAUCCGUUACAUAUUUGCAUAUUUAGACAUAAAGUAUGAAGACCACCGAAUAGAACAAGCUGAUUGGCCUGAAAUCAAAUCAGCUCUUCCAUUUGGCAAAAUCCCCAUUUUGGAAGUCGAUGGGCUUAACCUUCACCAGAGCCUCGCAAUAGCAAGAUACUUGACCAGAAACACAGAUUUGGCUGGAAAAACAGAAUUGGAACAAUGUGAAGUUGAUGCAAUUGUGGACACGUUGGAUGAUUUCAUGUCACGUUUUCCUUGGGCAGAGAAGAGACAAGAUAUAAAAGAUCAGACGUUUAAUGAGCUACUUACCUAUGAUGCACCUCAUCUUCUGCAAGAUUUGGACACAUAUUUAGGGGAAAAAGAGUGGUUGAUUGGUAACUCUGUGACUUGGGCAGAUUUCUACUGGGAAAUCUGCAGUACCACACUUUUGGUCUUUAAACCUGACUUGUUGGAUGUCCAUCCCAGGCUGGUGACGGUACGGAAGAAAGUCCAAGCCAUUCCUGCCAUCGCUGACUGGAUACAACGAAGGCCCCAAACCAGACUCUAGGCUGAGUUCUUGCUGACACUGGUGAACAUCUGCUUCAAAUAGCAAUAAAAUGAAAGCUACAUAAUCCAUACAGCUGCAUCCUUUAACAUAAUGAAAAAGAACUUCAAAUGAGACAAGCAAAAACAAGACAUGAGCAUUGUCAAAUAAGGCACAUGCAAAAGUCUACACACGUUAUCCAGUGAAAGACAAUAUACAUAUAUUUAGAGGUAGAAAUAAUUACAAACAUACUAUUAAUAUUGGAUUGUCUGAAUCUUAGUAUGUCAUGUUACAUGUGGAAACAGAUUAUGGAAACAGAUGGCUUUAUACUCGAAAGGCAGGGUAGAGGAAGGAGGACAUGAAACGGAGAGAGUGUGGGAGACGAACAGAGAAAAGGAGAAAAGGAAAGCCCAGCUAAGGAUGCUCUUGUUUAAGGGGCUUCUUUCCUCGCAACGUUCUAUGAAAUGGGGAAAAAAUGUUAACUAUUUCAUUCAUUAUUAAGGAUUACACACAAAAACAAAGUGAUUUCCCAAGCACCUGGCUUCUCUGGAUUACAUUUUUUUAUCGUUAGUGGCUGUUAAUAAAUGAUAAUGGGUUAUGAGUGAAUCUCACGGCAAGGUACUCUAUCACAUCGUCAAUGCAGUCUGAAGCAAAAACUUUUUUACAAAAUAAAUUCAAGUCAUACUUUGGAUAAUGAA